AAGGGGCGAGGCGGGUCCGGGGGUGCUGAGCUCCAAUUGGGUACUGUCCCAGGGAGUGGAGCCUGAGCCCCUAUUUCCCGCGGCCGCCCUGAGCCUGCCACAGCUGCUGCCCACACCACCAUCAGCGCAUUCACUGCCAUCCCCGCUGUCCUUGCAGCCUCCACCAUGGGCCUAGAACUGUACCUGAACCUGCUUUCCCAGCCCAGCCGCGCCGUCUACAUCUUCGCCAAGAAGAAUGGCAUCCCCUUCGAGCUGCGCACUGUGGAUAUUAUCAAAGGGCAGCACAGAAGCAAGGAGUUCUUCCAGAUCAACAGCCUGCAGAAAGUGCCUGUGCUCAAGGAUGGUGAUUUCAUCUUGACCGAAAGCUCAGCCAUCCUGAUUUACCUGAGCUGUAAGUACCAGACGGCGGACCACUGGUAUCCAUCUGACCUGCAGGCUCGUGCCCGUGUUCAUGAGUACCUGGGUUGGCAUGCCGACUGCAUCCGCGGCACCUUUGGUGUACCCAUGUGGGUCCAGGUGUUGGGGCCACUCAUUGGGGUCCAGGUGCCCGAAGAGAAGGUGGAACGCAACAGGACUGCCAUAGACCAGGCCCUGCAAUGGCUGGAGAACAAGUUCCUGGGGGACAGGCUUUUCCUUGCUGGCCAGCAGGUGACGCUGGCUGAUCUCAUGGCGCUGGAGGAGCUGAUGCAGCCGGUGGCUGUUGGCUACGAACUGUUCAAGGGACGGCCACGACUGGCAGCAUGGCGUGAACGAGUGGAGGCUUUCCUGGGUGCUGAGCUGUGCCAGGAGGCCCACAGCCUCAUCUUGAGCAUCCUGGAACAGGCGGCCAAGAAAACCCUCCCAACACCCCCACCAGAGGUCUAUCCGACUAUGCUACUUCGAAUUGCCAGGAUCCCCUGAAGGGUCUGGGAUGGGGCCCAGGAGAUUCGCCAUGAGGAUUCAUUCUGUUACUUACUUGCCCCUGUUUAUCUUUCCCUCUUGCCCCAGUCCCUUGUCUCCAGCUUCAUGUGAAGCUCUGCACAGGCAAGACAGUGUCCUUGGCAGUGCUGCUUCUCCUUAGGUACAGCAGACAUAACCAGUAAGAGACUAAAUCUGCAAUACAUAAAAAACUCCUACAAAUCAGUAACGUGAAGAACACUCAAAAAUUGGCAAAUGUCAUCAGUGUUUUAAAUAUCAUAAAGAUUCCAAACACUUUGAAUAGGGAACCAAGAGUUACUGGUUUUACUACGUUGUUAUGUUAUGCAUAUGGAGUAAAAGUCGAUGCUAGUAACCCUCAUCAUGGUUAACCAAAGUAACUUCACAAUAGCAAGUCAACAUAAUUGUAUCACCAGGGCAACAAAAUAUUAAGUAAGUAACCAAUUUGAAUUGCCAACUAUUAAAGGAUGUAGGGGAUGUUUCACAGGGAAUAGCAAUGAUCUUUGAAGUCUAGGAAGCUUAAAAGAUUUCUUUUAACAAGCAUUCAUGUCUUCUAGGACAGUUUUGUAAUAACAGCAGAUAGUAGGAUUGUACAUUGUCACACAGACCUCCAUGUAUAUCCAUGGGAUGGACCUCAUCACAAUCAUUUUAACAGGAGAGAACUUAAUAUAAAGAAUUGGUAACCAGGCAUUAGAGAACUCCAAAGACAGAGAAUCCAGAUUAACACGGAGGUAAACACUGCAAGAAACUGCUACCCCUAGGGCUGGGGGAUCAAGGGAGGACAUUGGAAUUAGGAAGACCAAGAUGCUGGAGGGGCCCUGAGGAAUUCAAACCUCUAAGAAAGGUGUUGCUCAUCCCCCUAGCAUCACCUUCUAAGAAGGGCAGGGUUCCCCAGUUUGCCCUGAGGUCUUCACAGGAGGCCAUCUGGCUGUGGAUGCAGUUCUCAAGUGUGACAGUAGAUGUCACUGCUGACCAAUAAACACGCUAUUCCAUACACAUACUGGGCUACUUGCCCGCACGUCUUGUGGCCUUGGUGCCCCCACUUCCCAUUCCUGCCCUGUGCCCACCAUGUGCCACUCCUAGCCAGAAGUAUUCCAAGCAGCAACCAUUGCAACUGCUCUGCCUUAAGGGUGCCUGGUGGUGGCUUCUGUCUUAGGUCCCAUUCCGAAUGUCUGUCUCUCCAGCGAUUUCUCAUACUUCGGGGGACACGCUGGCCUGCUUUCCUGGGCCUUUUCCAUUACCAAUCCCUCUCCCCAUCAGACAUUGGGGAUUGCGGCCACAACCUGUGCUUUCUUGAUCCCUGCUGGCUGCCUUUGGAUUGUUCCUAAUUGGAUGGCUUUACUUUCAACAGACACUCCAAUAAAAAAACAUGAAAUAAA